AUGGACAUAUCUACAGCCCUGUCAGCCCUUGAAUCACUCUCUUCCUCAACUUCCACUUCAUCCUCCGGUCCACUCAACGCCCUCAUCGAUGUGCAGUUCGCCAAUGCCAAAUCACGUAUACUCGCUGGGGAAGAUCCCAAAGUGGUGAUUACAGAGUUGCAGAAGAAUGUCAAAAAUGGUAAGAAAGAGGUAGAGAAGGGCUUGAAAGGGUGGUAUGGAGCUUUGGGAAAUGUGGGGAAAGAAGUUGAUAAGGCCUUCCCACCUAUUCUAGGAGAGAUAAGUGACGCAUACUCUGAUCCACCAUUAUUCGUCGAACCUGAAGCUGCGGAAGCAUUGGAUAGAGCUAUAUUGGAAUCGUUAGGUAGGAGGGGUAUAUGGGAUGCUGUAGAAGCUAUGGAAGAGGAAACAUCCCUUUCUUACCUCCCAUCGAAACGAGAGCUAUCCACUCAAUUACAGUAUAUCCUAACUUCAAUCCGAUCAUCCAACCUUCAAUCAGCCCUUGAAUGGUGUACUGAAAAUUCCACUUUCCUAUCUUCUCCACCUCAUCCUUCAUCAUUACCGUACCAUCUGCAUCGGGCAGUAUUCCGAUCAAUCAAAGAUAAGCGUGAAGCUAUAAGUUAUGCUCAACAGUAUAUGAUGGGCUAUCUACCUAGUCAGCCGGUUCUCAAAUUGAUAACGGGGUGUUUAUAUACCGGUCAAUCCACAGGAAAGAAACUGAAUGGUCAUAAUGUACAUGAGGAUGAGGCCGAGGCCGAGGGAGAAGGAGAGUUGGAAGAAUUAGCGAAAAUGUUUCAGAAUGAAUUUUGCAGGAGGUAUCAGUGGUCUAAAGAGGAUCCAUUGGAGGUAACAGUAGAAUUGGGAAGUAGAGGUGGGACUUUGGAUAAGAUCGAAAAAGCGAGGAGGGUAAUGGGUGAACAUUUGGGCAAUGUUAGGAAAUGGGAUGAGUUGCCUAUGGAAGUUCCCCUACCGCCCUCGCGUCGAUAUCACUCAGUAUUCGUUUGUCCCGUAUCGAAAGAACAGGCCACAGAUACGAACCCACCGAAGAUAUUGACUUGCGGACAUGUCAUCGCUGAAGAGAGUUUCAACAGGCUACUCAAAGGAGGCCGCAGAACAGUGAAAUGCCCUUAUUGUCCUCAAGAAACAUCCCAAUCCGUCGCUCAGAGAUUGUAUUUCUAG